AAGCAAAAAGAGUGUGCUGUUCUAAUACAAGCUACUUACAGAGGCUAUUCUACUAGAAAAAAAUUAACUAGAGCAAACAAUGCAUUUUCCAAAUUUCAUAAAACUUACAGGUAA